GCGCACGCACGGAGCUUGGCUGCUCCCACUUCCGCGUCGCGUCCAUGGCGCAACGUGUCCGCUGUCCAGAACGCGCGGCGUGUCGUCGACCUCCCGUCCAUGUGGUGCUCACCCGAUUCUGUUCCGUUCCCAUGGCCGGGCGUCGCUUUCCAUUUGCCUUUCGGCCUCUCUCACUCAUCUAAACUGAGCUUCUAGUACAGAGCAAGUGAGAGAGCGUUGGGAAAAGCUAAGGAGACUCACUUUUGGUGGUGCUUGCAACGAGACUUCUUGCCCCCGAUCGACUAGUUCGGAGAGGCAAAAGGUUUAAUUAGCGGACCAUCGACGUGGUACACGGUGGUUUGGAAUUACUGUUUAGCUUCUUACCGGUUGCUUACCUACGUUUGCUUUUUUGGUUAGGAAAGGGAAGAUUGGUAAAGUUAACCUUUAGGUCAAGGAAAUGUCCGGGAAUGGAGUUCGCGCAUGUUCGACGUGUCGACCGACCGACCGGAGGACUGACGAUGUGGCCCGCCAGAAGAUACGUGUGCCGACAUUGUAAAAUCUGAUGCGUGUUUAUCGGGGAAGAUCCUGACUCAAUCUCAGUUAUACGGCGCAAGGGGUUCCAAUGGCCGCCGAUCCAAGCUUCUUCGUCGGAAUCGUCGGGAACAUAAUCUCCAUACUGGUCUUCACAUCCCCAAUCGGGACUUUCCGGAGAGUGGUGCGGAACAAGAGCACGGAGGAGUUCAGGUGGCUGCCGUACGUGACCACCCUCCUCGCCACCUCCCUCUGGGCCUUCUAUGGCCUCCUCAAGCCCGGCGGCCUCCUCAUCGUCCCCGUCAACGGCGCCGGCGCAGCGCUGCAGGCCAUCUACGUCGUGCUCUACCUCGCCUACGCCCCCAGGGAGACCAAGAUCAAGAUGGCGAAGGUGGUGCUGGCCGUAAACAUCGUCUUCUUUGCGGCAGUCAUCGUGGUAGGGCUGGUGGCUUUGCACGGCGCCGUCCGGCUGUUCGCGGUGGGUCUGCUGUGCGCCGCGCUGACCGUCGGGAUGUACGCUGCACCCAUGGCCGCAAUGAGGACGGUGGUGAAGACGAGGAGCGUGGAGUACAUGCCCUUCUUCCUGUCCUUCUUCCUCUUCCUCAACGGCGGCAUCUGGAGCGUCUACUCAAUGCUCGUCAAGGACUACUUCAUCGGGAUCCCCAACGCCAUCGGUUUCGCGAUGGGCUCGGCGCAGCUGGUGCUGUACAUGGCAUACCGGAACAAGAAGAAGGCUGCGGCAGGGGCGCUCAAGGUGGACGAAGAGGACGAGGAGAAAGGGGUGGUGCACCUAAUGGGGCAGGUGGAGCUGUCGCAGAGGAAAGCGUCGUUGAAGAAGGGGCUGAGCCUGCCGAUGCCGUCGUCGCUGCCGUCCCCGCUCCAUGGCUUCGGGAACCUCAUCAAGGCCUUGUCCGCCACGCCCCUGGAGCUCCACUCUGUCAUGCACCAGCACGAGCGCGUCGAGAUCAGCGCCAGGGACGAGGAACCCAACGACGACCGGCACACCUCCGGUCAUCGAAGCGAUACUUAAUACGGAGUACUAACUAUACUGACAAAUGUAGAGUGUUUUCGGAAGCACACGGUGGUCGUACACUCGUACGUAGUACGUAUUUCAGUAUUUGGGCAGGAAGUAAUCGCAGGGCCAAGAUUAUUCCGUUUGGAAUGAAAAUGUGUCGUGCCAACAA